AUGACUACAGUUUUGGUUUCCGGCGCCUCCGGCUUCAUCGCAUUGCACACCGUUCAAGAACUCAUCAAGCAGGGCUACACUGUUGUGGGUUCCGUCAGAAGCUCUGAGAAGGGCGAAUACGUCAAGAACGCUUCCGGUAACCCAGAGAAAUUCUCUUAUGAGAUCGUGAAAGACAUUGCCGAGAUGGGUGCCUUCGACGAAUUCGUCAAGAAUCACCCAGAAGCUACUGUUUUCUUGCACACCGCCUCGCCAUUCCACUUCAAUGUCACUGACGUUGAGAAGGACUUGCUCCAGCCAGCAAUUCGUGGCACCAAGUCGGCAUUGCAAUCCAUCAAGGACCACGGCUCUAACAUCAAUAGGGUUGUUGUCACUUCAUCCUACGCUGCAAUUGCAUCGGCUGAGAUGGAUCUGAAGGCCGGUAAGGAGUACGAUGAGACCUCCUGGAACGACAUCACCUGGGAGAAGGCUCUUGAGAACCCACUUGUCGGAUACUACGGUUCCAAGACCUUCGCCGAAAGAGCAGCAUGGGAGUUCGUUAAGGAGCAGAAGCCUAACUUUGUGCUUUCCACUGUCAACCCAGCCUACGUUUUCGGUCCUCAGCCCACCGAUGAUUUUAACUCUGAAAAGUUGAACACCUCCUCUGAAAUCAUCAACGCCGCUAUAAAGCUCCUGAGCCCUAACGCCGAUGUUUACCCUGUCAACGCCUCUGCUGUGGAUGUUCGUGAUGUCGCCAAGGCUCACCUUGUGGCUUUUGAGAAGGAAGAGGCCAAGAAUGAGCGUUUGGUCUUGAUCACUGGUCUGUUCACUCAGCAGGAUAUACUAGACGUUUUGCACAAGGAGUUCCCUAAGCAGGCCGAGAACAUUCCAGUGGGUACGCCAGGCUCGCAGAAGGAAGAGAUCAAGACAAGAUGUACUCCAAGAAACGACAAGACUAGAAAGAUCUUGGGCUUCCCAUUGAUCUCCAUCGAGCAGACCAUUGCCGAUAGUGCUCAGCAGAUCUACAAGGUUGAGAACAAGCUUUAG